GGCCCCCAAACACGCGGAAGGAAACCCGCCAUUGAAGCAAUCUCACAACGUGAGCGUUUCGUUAAAGUGCGCCUCUGAAAAGGUGCAAUUUUUUUCACACAAAUACCUACUGCUGGUAUUGUCUAAUCGGAGAAAUGGCGUACAGAGGACAAGGACAGAAGGUGCAGAAGGUUAUGGUGCAGCCCAUUAACCUAAUUUUCAGGUAUCUGCAGAACCGCUCUCGGAUCCAGGUGUGGCUGUAUGAACAGGUGAACAUGCGGAUAGAGGGCUGCAUCAUUGGUUUCGAUGAGUACAUGAACCUGGUCCUGGAUGAUGCUGAGGAAGUCCACAUGAAGACUAAGAACAGAAAGCCUCUGGGGAGGGUCAUGUUGAAAGGAGACAACAUUACCUUGCUGCAGAGUGUGUCUAACUAGGACAACGGAGACCAACUAAUCAUCGUCCUUAUUUUCUCUUUUGUUUUGUUUUUACAAAUGUUUUUGAGUUGUUCAUGUUUAUUUUACAUGAUCAUUGUAAUCGAUUUGGGCUACCAAGUGGGUACAUUUUGAGAAUAAAGUUGUUUUUUUUCUUA